AUGGGUUUCGACAAUGCCAUGUGGCACCUUGACCAGGGCAUCACCGGCUUCUUCGGGCAAUGGAAUGCUUACUCAAGCGCUCUGGUCACUCUCCUCCUCAUGAUUGUGUCUUACCAGAUCUUCACCCGUCAAGACCCCGACACCCACCCGAUGCUGCUCGCUCGCCAGGCGCAAGGCUCUCCAGUCCGCCAGGAAGGAGAGUCUCCCGUGUUCAGGUCUCAUGCCGCCCCGCACGGCAUGCCGCUGAAUAGCGGGCUCAAUGUGAAAGAUGCCGGCGCCUCCAAGUGGGCUAGGGGCCGUGACGGAGACCUUCGGGAUGUCUGGCGAAGGGCCAUCAACGGCGCCCCGGAGGGCGAGGGACCAGCUGGCAAGGGCCGCAUCCUCACGGUCCUAGGCCGCGAGAAGGUCUUGGAACACAGUCUUGUCCUCACCUCGCUAGACGACGUCACGCGGCAAAUCAACCUUGUCGGACAGCAUAUCAUGGACCAGGGAGGUAACCGCGUUGCCAUCUACCUGCCCAACUCGGUCGAACUCAUGGCUACCCUCUUUGCGUGCAGCUUCUACAACCUCACAGCCAUUAUCCUGCCGUUCGACAAGUCCGACGAUGCCGUCAUCUCUAUGCUCCGAAGGUCAGCCGCCGACACCGUCAUUGCGGCUCCGGGAUCCUUCCCCUUCGACAGUGUCGUCAAGACUUACCCCAGCCUGCGACAGCUUAUCUGGGUUGUUGACGAAGGCAGCAAGCACAUGGAUUGGAACGAGGUCCCCAAGGGCAUGGGAGGAAGCGUCAACGUCUCGACCUGGCAGGAGAUUGUACAAGACCAACCUGUCGAUGCCGGUCGAGAGCUUCCGCCCAUCGAGAAUCAGACCGAGGCUCGCGAUGUCACCGUCUUUUGGCAAGGCAAGCCGGGCAACCUGGAGGAGAUGGUGCGCUUCACCAGUGCCAACCUCGUGUCAGCCGUGGCCGCUCAGAUCUUUGCUGUGCCCACCAACCAGCGCAUGAACCCUUCGGACCUGUUCCUCCCCGCUGACUCUUUGGCCAACACCCAUACCCUUGUCCUGACCCUCGCCGCAAUCUACUCCAACGCCUCGGUAGCUUUCAACUCUGUGGCCGAGGGUGCCGCAGAUCUCGCCCUGGCCACCCAAGGCAUCGCGCCCACCAUUGUAGUUGCAACGCCGAGGGCCCUCCUCAGAACCCACGCCGAAACGACUCGCCGCUUGGGCUCCUUCCUCAACUCCAAGAUACACUGGCUGCAGACCCGGUCGCUGACCGAAGCCGGGGUCAUGCCAGCCGCAUCCUUCUUGUCGUCUCUCAACGACAGCGCCAAGCCUGCUGUAGGCACGAGCCCUGGAAAGCUACGCAUCUUGUACACGGCGGAGCGCGUUGGCGCCGGGUCUCCUCCAAUCUCGUCCGCCGCCCUGUCUGACUUGCGUGUCUAUACUGGUGCCAGAGUCAUUUACGCCCUCACUGCACCCAAGGUGGCUGGUGCAAUCGCCCAGACCGGAUACUAUGAUUACCGCGUCUCCAAGGGCAACUGCUCGCAUUUCGGCCCACCACUGACAAGUACCGAGAUCUUCUUGAAGGACAGGGCUGCACACAGGACGACUGAUGACAAAACGGAAGGCGAGGUGCGUUUUUACAUUGACCCUCUCUAUGUGUCUUGCAUUGCCGAAACUAACUGGGCUCAAUGGCAGGUUGUGGUACGAGGUCCCUGUGUUGCCGGCAAUGAGACUGCUAUUGGCAUGAUUGGCCGGAUCCUGGACGACAACACACUGGCCUACGCGUAG